AUGGCGGAGGUGGUGAGUCCGGUGCCCGGGGCGGGGCGGAGGGAGCCAGGGGAGGUGGGUAGAGCCCGAGGCCCCCCAGUAGCCGACCCUGGCGCCGCGCUGUCUCCCCAGGGGGAGAUAAUCGAGGGCUGCCGCUUGCCAGUGCUGCGGCGGAACCAGGACAACGAAGAUGAGUGGCCCCUGGCCGAGAUCCUGAGCGUGAAGGACAUCAGUGGCCGGAAGCUUUUCUACGUGCAUUACAUUGACUUCAACAAACGCCUGGAUGAAUGGGUGACCCACGAGCGGCUGGACCUAAAGAAGAUCCAGUUCCCCAAGAAAGAGGCCAAGACUCCCACCAAGAACGGACUCCCAGGGUCCCGGCCCGGCUCGCCAGAGAGAGAGGUGCCGGCCUCCGCCCAGGCCAGCGGGAAGACUUUGCCAAUCCCGGUCCAGAUCACACUCCGCUUCAACCUGCCCAAGGAGCGGGAGGUCAUUCCCGGUGGCGAGCCCGACCAGCCGCUCUCCUCCAGCUCCUGCCUGCAGCCCAACCACCGCUCCACGAAACGGAAGGUGGAGGUGGUUUCACCGGCGACCCCAGUGCCCAGCGAGACAGCCCCGGCCUCGGUGUUUCCCCAGAAUGGCUCUGCCCGGAGGGCAGUGGCUGCCCAGCCGGGCCGAAAAAGAAAAUCGAAUUGCUUGGGCACUGAUGAGGACUCCCAGGACAGCUCGGAUGGCAUCCCGUCGGCCCCGCGCAUGACCGGCAGCUUGGUGUCCGACCGGAGCCACGACGACAUCGUCACGCGGAUGAAGAACAUCGAGUGCAUCGAGCUGGGCCGGCACCGCCUCAAGCCCUGGUACUUCUCCCCGUACCCGCAGGAGCUCACCACGCUGCCCGUGCUCUACCUCUGCGAGUUCUGCCUCAAGUACGGCCGAAGCCUCAAGUGUCUGCAGCGGCACUUGACCAAGUGUGACCUGCGGCACCCACCCGGCAACGAGAUCUACCGCAAGGGCACCAUCUCCUUCUUCGAGAUAGACGGCCGCAAGAACAAGAGCUACUCCCAGAACCUGUGCCUCCUGGCCAAGUGCUUCCUCGACCACAAGACGCUUUACUACGACACAGACCCCUUCCUCUUCUACGUCAUGACCGAGUACGACUGCAAGGGCUUCCACAUCGUGGGCUACUUCUCCAAGGAGAAGGAGUCCACGGAAGACUACAACGUGGCGUGUAUCCUGACACUGCCCCCCUACCAGCGCCGAGGCUACGGCAAGCUGCUGAUCGAGUUCAGCUAUGAACUUUCCAAGGUGGAAGGGAAAACGGGGACCCCUGAGAAGCCCCUCUCGGACCUCGGCCUGCUCUCCUACCGCAGCUACUGGUCCCAGACCAUCCUGGAGAUCCUGAUGGGGCUGAAGUCGGAGAGCGGGGAGAGGCCUCAGAUCACCAUCAACGAAAUCAGCGAGAUCACCAGCAUCAAGAAGGAAGAUGUGAUCUCCACGCUGCAGUACCUCAACCUCAUCAACUACUACAAGGGCCAGUACAUCCUCACGCUGUCCGAGGACAUCGUGGACGGGCACGAGCGGGCCAUGCUCAAGCGGCUCCUUCGCAUCGACUCCAAAUGUCUACACUUCACGCCCAAGGACUGGAGCAAGAGGGGGAAGUGGUGACCAGGCACUGCCCGC